UGAGAUUCCGUUUGUUUACAAUUGAGAGCUGACGUGGGCUUACCCGGCGAGUACACAUCAACAUUGAAUAAAUUCUGAUGCAAGUUUUAAUAUAUAUGGUCGUAAAUCAUUAAACCUGGUAAUGGAAUGAAUCUGCUGGAAAUAUAUUUUGAAAGUUAGUUGUAAUUGGUGGAUGUCAUCUGAAAUUGAACAACUUCUUGGGCAUGUCAAAAAGAAUAUUCCAUCUUGUUCAAGCCAUGAACACUGUAACUGUUAUCAGUUUUGUGAUAUUUUGUCUACAUGUAUGCAGCCAUCACGGUCUUGCUGAGAGUGAAAGUGCAGCACUCACUAUUGUUCAACAGGAAGAUGAAAAUGGAGUCACUGUAGAGGAGGAAAAAGGGGAAGAUCAACCAGAUAAAGUGGUUUCUAAUGAUGACCCUUUCCAUCCUACACAUGAAUGGCAAGCUGUUAAAGAAGGUCAGGCAAUCCCAGCUGGACUUCAUGUGCGUAUGAACUUAGAGACAGGGUCAAGAGAGGCUAAGUUGAUGGACGGGGAAAAUGAAUUCAAGUACUGGCAAGAUGGUGAUAGGCAAGGAAUGAUGAAUAUGGAUAAGAAACAGUUUUCAUUGGAAGAGUUAAAGAGAGCAUUAAAAGAUUUCAAAACAACUGAACUAGAUGACACAGAUUUACAGCGCGAAGCUGAAGUGAAAAAGAAGUUCAAAACAUAUGAGGAGCUCAAAAAAGAUUUCAAUGACAUAAACAUGGAUAUUAAAACUGACGGGGAAAUCAUUGAAGAUAUGAUUGGAAAGUUAAGAGACAAAGAUCUUGAGAGAGAUAAUCUGUUGACCACCUUAACAGACCUCGAGUACUAUCUUCAUCAGAUAGACAAUGCAGUUUUAUUCAAAGACAUGGGAGGAAUUCCAUAUAUACUUAAGAUCAUGAACAUGACGCAGGAUGAAGAUUUACAGAUGGAGGCUGCAAUGGUCCUAGGUGCUGCCACCUCUAGUAAUCCUAAAGUGCAGAUAGGGGCCCUAGAAGAAGGAGCACUCCAGCUUUUAAUCCGCCUCGUCUCCAUCCACUCCUCAACAGGGCUUCGUAGAAAGGUCAUGUUCUGUAUAUCAACACUGUGUCGUCACUUUCCUUUUGCUCAGAAAAGGUUUUUAGAGCUUGGAGGUUUAAGUGCAAUUGGGAAAGUAUUUGAAGAAUCUGGCACAGAGAAACUGAGAAUUAAAGUGGUGGCAUUUUUAAAUGAUUUACUUGUGGAAAAAAAAGUUACAGAGGAAAACUUAAACUCAGAUAAAUCUUCUGAUCUUGAGAAGUUAAAGCAAUAUAAUAGUGUGCCCUUGUUAGAAUCAAUGAAGGAGCAAGGAUGGUGUGAGAAAAUUCCAACUCUUCUACAAGUAUCAGAUCAUGACAGUCGUGAACAUGUGCUUAAUGCCAUGAAAACGCUUGUGAACUCUUGUCGGAAUAACUUCAUACAAACUAGCAUUACUUUACACAGUCUUAGAACAGAAUAUAUUGAGCUAGCACUAGAGGAAGAUGAUGGUGAUUACUUUAGUAAUAUGGUUACUCUGAUUGAUAGUUUGAUACAAGACAUAAAGAGGAAAGAGGAACUGUGAUAGAUUUAAAAUAGAAUCUGGAACGAAAAUAUGUAUUGAAAAACAUUGUAAUAGUAGAAUGAUCUUAUAGAAAGACUUGCUGUCAGUUGAGACUUAUUUGAUACUUCAUAAUAUGUCUUGAGUGUUCAGCAGUGUAAGGUGAGAAAUGUAAGCUUCAAGAGCAAAAUGGUUUAAAACAUUUGCCAUACAUUUGAAGCCCUAUGCAGAGAUGGUCAUGUCAGAAGGGCAGCAUAACGAGUAGCUGGUUCAAGGAAAUACAAGCAAAGUUACACUUAAAAGAGUUCAGAAGUGUUAACUGUGAGGGACAGGGAAAAGUGGAAAAAUCCAGUGACACAAAAUCAUACCUUUAAAAAGGACCCUACUUGUUGAUAGCUUGUAAAAUGGGUGAAGAGACUGUUAGUAUGAAACAGCUAGAUCUGUUGAAUGUUGUGGUGUUGUAAAUGAGAAUCACUAUUCCCUCACAACCAACAGUUGAAGUCAGCAGGAAACAUAGGAUGUCUUCUUGAAUUUUUGCAUUUUAAAAAGUAAAACUGUGACUUGAAAUUGUGACUUUAUUGUCAACAACAAAUAUUCGAAAUGUAUAAUAUAUCAUUUGCCAAACCUAACUCCAUCUGGUCUUACUUUACUACAAGUAUGACUAUAUUUAUUUUGAUUUGAAAUAAAAAAAAGUGUUAACAUUUUAACAGUUUUGAUGUUUAUAAUUUUUGAAUGAAAUUUAUUUAUACUUCAAGUUAUUGAUUACAUAAUCAAUUAUAUCAACAAUUCAAAUUGCACAUGAACAUGUCAGCUGUGUUAUUCUUAAAGGCCCAUUUAGCUCCACAAAUGAUUUAUUUAUUACCCUGAAAACUUAUUUAUUUUUUGGUGUUCUGUCAUAGUUUCCAAAAAGACACUCAUAGGCCUAUAUGGCCUAUGGUGAACCAUCUUUUGUUCUUUUUCUAUUUGGCAUCUACUACACUAUUUGUGGUAAAGUAUUUUGUAUGGAAUUCUAAAUACCACUUUGACUUUGUUUUUAAUUCUGCUACUGUUUAUGAUAAAUUAUUUUAACAUUCAGUUUUAUUUUCUUCAGAUGAUAAGCAUCUAACAUGCACUAAAUCCAUUAUUAAAACAGUUUAAAAACACAUGUUUGCUCUAUCUAAAGAAAAAAACACUGUUCAUUUCUGAGGCAUAAUGUGGCCUUAACCAAGGAUUUAUAUUAAUAUAAAUCUGUACCUUAACUUACUAUUUUGUUCUAGGUUUGUUGUUGUUGUUUAAGCAAUAACAAACAUGUUUUGUCUUGUGACGAGGACUUUAAUAUUAAUACAUGCAUUGUCUGUAUGCUAUUUGAUUUUUACUUGCAUUAAACUGAGGAAAAAAUGUUAAUAAUUUUCCAAAGAAAUAAAAUUGUUGAUUCAUUUAUGACUUUC